CGUUUGUUAUAAGCAUUAGUAACAUUAGCGUUAAGUAAACUAAUUACAACUAUCCAAAAUAACAUUCUUAUUUGCGACCCUGUGGUGAGUGUGAGUGAUAAAUGACCUAUAAUCGUAUGCGUGUGUCGUGUGUAAUCAUUAAAUUGCAUAAUUUUCGAUAACAAAACACGUUCUACGCGUUGUAAGUCUAUUUGGAUCUGUCCAUUGAAUUGCUGUCAGUGUUUUGUAUCAACAUUUGUGUAUUAAAAAUAAAUAUUUGAAAAGAAAUGCGUGGUUUAUACGGCUGGAGCAAGAAUAUUGUGCGCAAAUAUGGAUGGAUCAAUGCUAUUAAGAAACUGCUGCCAAAACAAACCAAAUAUAUUUACAAUUUAGGCGUUAAGUUUGAGCUAAGCGAUGUGACCGUCUACAAUCCCAGCCAGCUGUCAGAUGCUCAAUUCUUAGAGUAUAGCAAUCUGUCGGACAGACAACAUAUGCGUGAAGCAAUAAAAAAUAUACUUAUACCUAGAGUUGUCGGCACGCCAAAUCACGGAAUCGUGCGUCAGUUUAUUGUGCAGAGCCUGCGCGAUCUGGACUGGCAUGUGGAGCUGAACGGUUUUCACGACAACGCUCCCAUUUUGGGCGCCCUGCAUUUCACUAACAUUAUUGCCACACUGAAUCCGAACGCCGAACGUUACUUGGUGCUGGCCUGUCACUAUGAUAGCAAAUAUAUGCCGGGUGGUGAGGAAUUUGUAGGCGCCACCGACUCGGCUGUGCCCUGCGCCAUGCUCUUGAAUCUGGCGAAGGUGUUGCAGGAACAGCUGAAACCACUGCAGAGCUCUAAGCUGAGUCUUAUGCUCCUGUUUUUCGAUGGAGAGGAGGCGUUCAAGGAAUGGGGUCCCAAGGAUUCUAUAUAUGGUGCCCGGCACUUGGCAAAGCUCUGGCAGAAGGAGGGCAAAUUGGAUCGUAUUGAUAUGCUGGUGUUGCUCGAUUUGCUGGGCGCACCAGAUCCCGCCUUCUAUAGCUUCUUUUCCAACACGGAGCUAUGGUAUAUGCGUAUGGCGGAUCUGGAGAUGCGCCUGUCGGAGCAGCAUCUGCUCGAGCGGUAUAUGAACAGCGGCGUUGCGCGACGGGAUCCUUCACGUUACUUUCAGCCUCAAGCCUUAAGGAACAGCCAGGUGGAGGACGAUCACAUACCGUUUCUGCGACGCAAUGUGCCCAUUCUUCACCUAAUACCAAUGCCCUUUCCCAGUGUGUGGCACACAACAGAUGAUAACGAAGGUGUGAUCGAUUAUGCGACCACACACAAUUUAGCACUGAUUAUACGGCUCUUUACACUGGAGUAUCUGUUGGGUGGAACAAAAGUAGCGUGAAAUCCCUCUCAACUAUAGGAAGCCUUAUCAUAUUGACCUGUCUGAUACGCGGUAUCGUUGCUGUGGCAAAUAAUACAAUGGAAAUGUUAAUUGUUUACCUAUUAUUAUGUGGAACGUUUUUAUGUAUAUGUAUAUAGUUUGUGGACCUCGUUCCAUUGUGUUGUGUGUGUACAAUUAAUAUAUGUGUAAAAAUGACUAACUUGUUGACGCAGAUGCGUUCAAAACACUUAAACCAAUCUAGAAAUAUUAUUUUUAUAAAUAUUUAGAAAAUGUUAAAUUUAAAUGUGUAUAUAAUAAAUCGACCUAAAAGCAA